GGUCUGACGUGGCGCUCUCUCUCUCUCUCUCGGAGCGCAGAAGAAGAACCAUGAUCGGAAGCGCAGGUCGUGCAGCAAAUCCCGCAGCGGCCAUGCCGCCGAGCAGUCGCCGCGCUUCUCCGGCCGCGUCCUGGAGGGCGUCACUGGACGACGCCAGGAAGGCGAAUGCGGCUUCGAGCCGGACGCCUACUAGUGCCCCGCCUGCGGCCACGACCAGCGCAAGCGGCAACGCCACUCCUCGUACCACGGGCUCGUUCGCGACUGCCCCUUUCGGCACUGCUCCGUUCGGGAUCACGCCUCCGAGGGGCAGUCCUUCGGGAAGAUGCAGUCCCGGGCGCCAGCCCGCUCGCGCGCUGUCCAAGAGCGAGCAGGCUGCACGGGGCCUCGAGUGCAUGGCUACGAACGACCUCUCCCACCCAUCCGCCAAAGCGAGAACCAGGAGAAAGCUCGUGGUUGCCGCCUUCGUCACACCGCUUGCCGGCGCCGCCGCAACAGUCUUGCUCAUCGCCUUCAGGUUGCUGCUGAAGAGAGACAUGCAGGUGAACAGCGGGCCCGUCUGCGACUCGUACGACUGCCGGAAGCACGCGUUUCGCGUGGCCAACCACCUGGACCCCCGCGGCCGACCGUGCGACGACUUUGCCGGCUACGUCUGUCCGGCGUGGGCGACAGUGGGCGAUGCCUCGGUGAGCGUGCUCCAGGACGUCGCGUACGCCUACUCCAGUCGGCUGGUGCUCAGGUCACCCGAAGAACUGCGCGUCGAGGAAGCCCGGGGUGCCCUAGCAAUGAUCCACAGCUGCGUGAACCGAUCUCGGGAAGACUCUCGGGAAAGCCUGCGGGCGCUCCGCCAGUUCCUCGAGGUAGAGGCGGCCUCGACCAGCGACCCGCUCGGGAAGCUCAUCGACCUCGCCGUGAACUGGAACCUGCCGAUCCUCUUUAACGUGGCGCUGCUGCCGACGAAGGAGGGGAGCGGUCGAGAGCGCCUCGUCUACAUCUUCCCUUCGGAGCUACUGGAGAUGCUGCUCGCGCUGCAGAAGGCGCUGGUCACGCACGGUCUAUUCGACCAGGCCUGGGAGAACUUGCCCCGGAUCACGGGCGUCCGUUACAAGCGCCGCAAGGACGAAAUUCUCGACGUUCUCCUGAGCGUGCUCGCUGAUCUGCUGGACGCCACCGACGUCAGUCUCGAGGACCCCGUGUUCACUUCCGUCGAAGAUUUGCCGGCGUUGAAUGCUAGCGAAGGUUGGCUGUCCUCUUUUCAGCAGGCGUUCAACGUGACCCCCGCCAUUGCCGAGGUCGAUCAAGUCGUGGUGACGCACCGGAGCAUGCUAGACGCCCUUGUCCGAGCCUUCGACUCCUGGAAAGACGUCCUCACCGACGCGCUCCAGUGGCUCGUCAGCGAGUAUGCUUGCUUCCUCGCUUGCACGGAACUAGUCCUAGCGCUACCGAACUUGAGAGGAGCUCCCGCGGCGGCGCACACUACGAUCUGCGCCACCGAAGUCGAGGCCACCCACGGCCUUUUGCUGGACGCGGACUCGGCGAAGCGUCUUGGAGCGAAAGACAGAGAGAACGUCCGGCGGCGCUUCGACGACGCCAAACGCCUGGUGGUCGCCAAGAUCAACUCGACCACCCUCCUGACUUCCGAAGCGAAGCUAAGCGCCUUGGAGCACGUGGGCUCCGUCGGGUUCCGUUUCGCUGGCGCGGAAUACGGUCUUCUUGGCUUCGCUGAACAGGAGCAGCGGGCGCUUACGAAGUACUACGAAGGCAGUCCCCGAUUCGGCGACGUGUUCUUCCGGAACUGGAUGUCCGCGCGCGAGUUUAUUCGCACCAGGGACCCUGCCGUGAGGUACCAGCUUCCUGCAUUCAUGCGGAGGACCUUGGGCAGCACCCUGGUCUACUACGAUCCGCCGACUCACGCGGUGGUGGUCUCGGCGGCGUCGCUCGCGGCCCCGCUUUAUUACAGGGGCGGAACCGAGGCCAUGGCUCUUGGUGGCCUCGGCUUCCUCAUCGCCGGCCAGCUCGUCCGGUCUCUGGCGCACGGAGUCGACGUGCGCAGCGCCAACACCUCGGCGCCGCCGCUGUUUUAUCAAGAGCUCAGACGCAGGAGGCAUUGCGACAGUGACGGAGGGGCGAAGUUGCCAAGCUGGUUUCCCGGUGCGGUGGCGCUCGACAGCCUCGUCGAGGCCUUGCAGCUUGGCGUUGGCGGCGUUCCCAUCAAGGGCCUGGAGCAGUUGACGCAGCGCCAGGUCUUCUUUCUCACGGCGUGCCACUUGACCUGUCGCCACGACGGUGCAGCUAUGUAUUCUCGCCAGUGCAAUGACGCUGUUAAGAGUUCGGUAUCGUUCGCCGGCUCGUUCCACUGCGCGAACGGCUCAAAGAUGAACUCCGGAGGGAAAUGCAUCCUCUUCUGACGCCCGAAUUUUUGUGACGUCACGGGUUCCUUGCGUUUGGUGGAUGCUGCGGCGAUUUGGACGCUUGUGUGCGCGACCAAGCGCGUGACUUUGUGUUUUUGGUUAGUUUCAUGAUGAGUUUAUUAACCGGGACCAUGAUAUAGUUAGUGAUUUAUGUAUUGGUGCCGUGCUUGUUUUGUCACGCUAGGCUAUAGGGGACUAAAAGCAAGACAUAGUAGAGCAGUUUUUCAUUGUGCUCCUUUGAAGUAAAUGUUGUGCACUAUUAUUCAGCUAUUUUUCAGAAAUAUUAGGCUACAUGUGAAGAUCGUAUGGCGUGACAUACUUCUAGACGUGAAGCUUCAGAACGUGACUCUCCCAAGAAAGGCAACCUGCAAAUGAGAAAGUGCGUUCGUGAAAGUACAUAUAGGACACCACUUCCGGCAAGCAACGAAUGCGACGUUGUGCGCAUCCUCCUGUGUUGUUAGUUUGUCUUGCGGGUGUCAACGGUGCUUAAAGAACACAACAACGAAGAUGGCAGUGCCUGUUCUGAGAGCCUGCUGCUGUCACAGUAAACUAGUUCAGCGCCCGAAGAAUCUUUCACGAGCAAUGUUAAAGCUAUAUAUCCGCCGGCUCUGAAACCGGUGUCACUUUUUAAUAUUCGGCGUGAAGGAAAGGGGCGCGCAAGCUCACACAUGGAGUGGUAUAGCCUGUGUAGGACGUACUGGCCCUCGUGCAGGUCUAUCUAGUAGACUGAAAGCGUGCCCGGGUCUACUCUGACUCGUAGUGUUGCCAGACGAACGGCUUAGCAAACGAGAUGCAGGACAGCACUCCCAUGCACCAUGACUUGUCCUUUCGUUGUUGACACUCAGCGUGCUUCCAUCACGUGAUCAGCGGGAUCACUUGCAUGAUUGAGUGCACAUCAAAGGGUGCGCGUCAUUUGUCGCACUCCCAACAGCGCUCGAGAUCGGGAAGACAAAUAUCGGGAAACUGGCGCCUUCAACUAAUUUGGUAGCAAAAAGUACACUUAUGUUGG